UCUGUAAAAUACAAAAUUCUGUAAAAUACAAAAUAUACGAUACUUUCAAUGCAGUAUUGAAAACGAAAGUUUUUCAGAGCUUUCCUUAUUCCGUGAUGUUAAAAUUGAGCUACCUUUCUAAAAAUACAAGCUUAGACUAUAUUAUUUUAUAAAGUCAUGCAAAAUCUGAAAAUAAUCUAGAAAUGAUAUAAAACGUGAUAGCAUAUGACUGUAGCAUAUUUCAGAUUUAACAUGUUGCGAUCAGUCCACGUUAUAUUUUGAAAAACGUGAAAUUUUCAGAUGCAUUCCUCCGCGUAAUAUAAAACAUCUGUUGAAUCUGAAAAGUGUCUCAUCGCACGUGACGCAAGUCUCUCAGCUUUUAUCCUGAGAAAUAGCUAUCAUAAAUCGGCGAACGUGCUGAUAUCCGGUGCGAAUCGGUGCAGACACUCGCGUAUUUUCCCAUCAGCUGACACUUGUGCCCAAGUGGAAAGUCUCGACGUGGUGGGCGAUGAAGGAAAGGGGUGCGAGAAUGCUCAUGGUGCGCACGCAUCACUGAAUGAACGCGCUUUUGAGCCUUUCAGUAUCGCCGACGGGGUUCUUCGGUACGGUACACCGGCUUGCUCCACCUAACAAGCAUUGCUUUUUGACGAUCAUCCGUGAAAUAUAGAUGUCAUUUACGUUAUACGCGCGUCCACAAAUGUCUCCGAUAAUCCUGUGACAAUAAUGCCGACUAUUGACAAAUCGAUCGAUAAAUCACGCAAAUAAAUGACAAAUAUCGAUCGGCAAAAGACAAUCAAGAUUCAACGAACAUGCGGAUACAUAUGUUGUCAUGUUCUCGGACGCAACGUGAUAAACUUUAUUGUUUGUUACUAACAGUGAUGAUGAUUUUAAAACGAUACUGUAUUCAGCAAUUUGGGCUUUCCACUAACUGAGAAGAAAAUGUACUAGUUAUGAAUAAUAUCGUGCAUUUAAAGUGUACAAUGAGUGGAAAGUGCAGUUUAGUAAUGGAAAGAAGUCUUGCAACAAAGCUACAACAGUCGUUUACAACAGCACGUUUCGUAGAGGGUAUUUAAAAGUCCAAGUGGUGUUUUAAUCAUCUAAAAAUACAACGAUAAAUGUUAAUAUGAUACAUCGAAAGAUAAGUGAUUACUUAAAAGAUACUAUAUAAUUAAUACGGUAAAGUUAAAAAAGUUAAAACAAGCAUCAAAUAUUUAAAAGUUUCCAAGAAGAUUAAACACUAAUUGCAAAAUUUAUGUAAAGUUAAAGCAGAUCUCUACAGAUCUCUACAGAUCUAAUUACAGAUCUAAUAAUGUGAUGUAGAUUUCCAAGCGUUUGCUGAGUUAGAUAUCUGCAAAUCUCAGUGACAGAGUAAUCUAUCUAAGAUACAAUCAUUUUGCGUUUAUUCAGACAUUAAAAACGAUCUCAUUAUUAUUACAUCAGACAAUAAGUUUAAACAGAAAUAUUUUUAAGUAAAAAUCGACCAAAUAAAGAAAUAAAAUGUGUUUCAAUCAAGUUUUGUAUUGAAAAAUUAUCACAUUGCUGAUUAAAUAAUGAACUAUAUGAGAUUUCAAUCGCUGCAAAUUUGUAUCAAUUACGUAUACACUGCUUCAAUAAGAGACAAAUAACCAGGUUAAGCUAUAAUAAUGAUAGUUACUCGCCAGUUCAUUGUGCGUCACGUCGGAGGAAAUCGGUAACGGCUUAUAAAAUCGAUUUAACGUGCCGUUUGGAGAAAGUGAACGGAGAGAUAACGAUUGAACAAAGCCUCGGGACUAUCCGUACGAUCGUCAAAGACAACACUUACAAAUAUGAAUAAUCUAGAACAUUUAUAUAAUUGCACUGCAUCGAUUCUGGAGCGUAAUGUCACAGUGUUAUUACGACUUAACAUUAGUGAGCUUCGUUAUUUUAUCGAAGAUACGUUGAAUAAAUCUACUAGACGUGAUAUUCUGAGGCAGAUGCUUUUGGACUGCAUUCUCGUUAAUCAGGAACGGCCGUUCGAUUUGCCAUGGUGGCAAAAACUCUUCUGGUCUUUGAUAUUUGCGGUGAUACUGCUGGUCGCAACUGGUGGCAAUAUUAUCGUUAUGUGGAUCGUACUUGCUCAUCGGAGAAUGCGUACCGUAACUAAUUACUUCCUGGUAAAUCUUUCCGUUGCGGAUCUUAUGAUGUCAUUGCUCAACUGCGCCUUCAACUUUAUCUUCCUCCUCAACUCUAAUUGGCCCUUCGGAAUGGUGUAUUGCACCAUCAACAACUUUGUAGCACACGUGACCGUAGCUUCCAGCGUUUUUACUCUCGUCGUAAUUUCAUUUGACAGGUACAUGGCCAUUAUGUAUCCACUUAAACAUCAUAUGUCUCGUAAGCGGACAGUGAUUACUUUAAUUUUAAUCUGGGGCAUCUCAUCUAUCCUAGCAAUACCGUGUCUUUUAUAUUCCACAACAACAUUGCGCAGAUAUUCCAACGGAACAACUAGAAUCUCUUGUUACAUAUUGUGGCCUGACGGUGACUAUUUACAUAGUAAAACGGAAUAUUGCUACAAUCUCCUAUUCCUCACUGUAACAUAUCUAGUUCCCAUGUCAGUGAUGGCUGUCUGUUACACGGGUAUGGGACGAAAGUUAUGGGGGUCAAAGUCGAUUGGUGAACUUACGCAUUAUCAGAAAGAAUCUAUGAAAUCUAAACGCAAGGUUGUAAAGAUGUUCAUUAUCGUGGUGACAAUAUUUGCAGUGUGCUGGUUGCCAUAUCAGGGAUUUUUUAUUUUUGUGUAUCAUCAUCGUCAUUUCGCAGAAAGCAGUUACGUGCAACACGUAUAUUUAAGUUUUUACUGGCUCGCUAUGUCCAACUCUAUGGUAAAUCCAAUCAUAUAUUACUGGAUGAACAACAGAUUUCGAGUUUACUUUGAAUUGGUAAUUUGCAAAUGCUGCUGCGUGAUAGAUCGAACAAAUGUACAAACCCAUGAAACGCAAGAAUUGGCGGGGUUUCAACGUUCAGAACUCAUACCAUGUAAUUCAGGUCGUUUUAAAUCUACUUCUGUCAGAUGGCGACAAAGCGUAGCUGAAAGUCCGGUACAGACCUUUAGAAUGAAUUCCCGCACAAUGUGUGAAAGGCUGCAAACUAAAGAGGACGUUGCUAUAAUCUGAAUUUUAGUUUAAUUAAGUUAUACUAUAAAAACAACGUUUCAGAUAAUCGUAAUAUUACCAUCUUCAUGUUUUACAACGAGCUUUGCCAUAAGCAAUUAUCGAACGUAUUCUGAGUGGCCAACAAAAAUAAGUUAGUGAGUAUAACAUUCUUUUUCUUUUAACAGAUAUUAUUUUCUUAAUUAUAAAUAAGACUGACAAAAUUGUAACAAAAAAAGUUCGAUAUUAUUUAUAAUAUUCAUUACUUAAUAAUAUAAUUGUUAACAAAUAUACGUCUUUCGUAUAUUUAUGAUAACAUUUCAUUCUCUUAGAACUGUUAUCAUUACAUUAUGAUAACAAAUUCUGUAUAUAUUAUGAAAUAAAGAGGAUUUGUUUCCACGAGCAAA